AGUUGAGGAAGUCGUGCAAUAGAUCGGGGGAUGAAGAGCCCGUGUUUGUUCUAAAGGUGAGCGGCUGAAGUGUUCAGGAAGGGUCAAUAAAACCAUCUCGACAGUAGCCUACACACUCUCGCCAGGAGUCCGACACACACACUGGAUCAGAACACUUUUGCAUUAUGCAUUCGGACUGCAGGCUGCUGGGAUGGACGCGUCGGUAAUGGUUGGCAAAGGGACCGGAGGGGCUGCGGUCUUCAUCCCGAUCGUCUUCAUCCUCCUCGGUACCAGAAGCUCGCGGGCGCAGAAGGGAGACUGCUGUGGACACACUGUGCUUGGUGUGGGUACUGGGAGCUUGGCGUCUCUAGGUUAUCCUCUGUCCUAUCCCUCACACUCUGUGUGUGAGUGGGAGAUCAGCGUGACCGCUGGACACACCAUCCUUGUGCGCAUUGCGGACCUCGACAUCAACACAAACAAUUGCCAGGUGUCUUACAUCAGACUCUAUAACGGCAUCGGACCCGGACGAACAGAAAUUGUGAAGUUUUGUGGAGGGAGAGAAUGGAGAGAUUCUGUUAUAGAAUCAGAGGGGCAUCAGGUCACAGUGCAGUUCAUGAGUGGACCACACAGCAACGGCCGUGGCCUCUUCCUCUCCUACACCACCAAUCAGCAUACAGAUCUCAUCACCUGCCUUGAGAAAGGAGAGCACUUCACUGAAGCAGAGUUCAGUAAAUUCUGUCCUGCGGGAUGCCUGACUGAUUUCGGAGAGGUUUCAGGAACCAUACCCCAUGGAUACAGAGACUCUUCUCCACUCUGUCUGGCCGGCAUCCAUGCGGGUGUGGUCUCCAACACUCUGGGGGGGCAAAUCAGCGUGGUCAGCAGCAAAGGCAUCCCACACUACGAAAGCUCACUGGCUAACAAUGUGUCAUCUGUGCCUGGCAAUCUCUCCCCCAGCCUUUUUACCUUCAAAACUAGCGGUUGCUAUGGCACUUUGGGUUUUGAGUCGGGAGUGGUCAGCAGCUCUCAGAUCACAGCUUCUUCGAUGUGGGAAUGGGGUGGUCAUGAAAAGGAACCCACCGAAUGGGGUCCCACAGGGGCCCGCCUCAAAACACUGGGACGUCCAUGGGCAGCAGCCAACAGCGACACAAAAGAAUGGAUUCAAGUAGACCUUAAGAAGGAGAAAAGAAUAACAGGUAUUACCACCACUGGCUCCACCCUCUCAGAAUAUCAGUUUUAUGUUUCGGCCUAUGAGGUGCUAUAUAGCCAUGAUGGACAGCAGUGGGAAGUCUAUGAAGAAGUGGGAUCAGAUAAAAACAAGAUUUUCCAAGGCAACACCAACUACUUACAGGAAGUGCGUAACAACUUUAUUCCUCCAAUCGAAGCACGGUUUAUCCGAAUAUGCCCGUCCCAGUGGCAUCAGAGGAUCGCCCUUAAAAUGGAGCUACUUGGCUGCCAACCACAUGCAGCGAGGCCAAGAAUAUUCCACCCAGCUCCUCCUCCCCCUCGCAGAAGAAGCACAGUGCCCACUCUACAGGAAAGGACAACUCACACACCGAAUAUCCAAAACACUACCAUGCCUCCACACCCUCAUGAUGAGGUGGCGCUGGUGGCCGUGUUGAUGCCUGUACUGGUGGUAGUUCUGACAACACCUGUCUUAGUGAUGGUAUGCUCAUGGCUGUGGAAGAGCAGAAAAAGCCCAGAGGUAACCUAUAACCUUCCACACUGGGAGCGCACAGUGUGGUGGAAGAGUAUGAAACAGUUGUUGCCCUCUAAACUGGAUGGAGAUGAUUGUGUUCGCUACAGUUCCACUGCAAGAGUGGAUCACCAGAGAUCACGAGUAGAGCCUGCAGAAUAUGCCCAACCGCUUGUCAGUGGCACCAUGGCCUCUCUGGGACAAAGGUCAACCUUUAAGCCUGAAGAGGGUGUAGACCCUGAGUACGAUGCACCCAUUCCUCCAGAACAUUACCAUGCUUAUGCUGAGCCCCUUCCUGCCUCUGGGUUCGAAUAUGCCAUUCCAAUCAUGAUUGACAGGGCAAACCACCCAUCAGGAGGUACGCUACCAUUCAGGGGGCGAGGUUUACUUGCUCGGACAGACAGCAGCCAAACAGCAAGCUCUGUGUAUGACACUCCCAAGAGCACAUCUGAUCAAUCCACACCCACAGAGGGAGAGUUGUACCAGGUUCCUCAGAAUACCCACAAUACGACAUGUCACAAAAUAGAUCAAUCACAGAACAGUGACUCGGUGUGAAUGAAGCAUUGGCCAUUUUGGAAACCCUCAGCUGAACACUACCUUCCCCCAAAGAAAAGCAGAUGAGAAUGUGUGUGUGUAUUUGCUUCCGUGCCGCUCCUAGCCUUCUCAAAUGGUCCUAUCACUGAAAUAACUCACAGGAAUGUCAGGAAAGAGUGAACAGCAGAGAUCUUGUUACACUACUGUGUUUUGUGAAUGUUUCUUCAUGUCCCUGUCUAAAUGUGUGCAACGUGUGUACGAGUGCAUAUAUGUGACUAUGCUCUGCUUUCAGACUGUGACUCCUCAGAUAAAUGUGCGUUUUCCUGAGAAAUGAGAUAAAUUCAUCUCCGCAGCUCAUUCCAAGGCACAUUCUUCCCCUAACAAAAAUAUGUUUUCAACAAAAAUGCCCUUACACUGAAUAACAAACUGUCACAAUACAAAUGAAUAGGCUAACACUAUUGUUACAUUGUGGGCAUUUUGCACUGUUGUAUUAUUAUAUUACGUGGUUACAUAGUUGAACCCUCUUUGAAACAUGGUAGCAAGGGCCCAUGCUGGUUUCUCUAAAUCUAUUCCAAACCCUAGUGAACAGCCUUGCUGUCAACUGCCUACAAAGGAAACUGUCUUCUUAGGCCACAUCCAUAGCCUACUAAUCUGUUUUCAUUUGAAAACUCAGUUUUCAGUUUCCUAACCUCAUAGUUUUCCGAAGUAUGCAGUAAUGGAGAGCGUUUUUGUUUCCCACUGUUUUUGGUGAAAGAAAACGCCAUUCUAGUUUGGAUGUGAGGUGUGAAUGUAGCAAAACUGUGUUUUCAAACGAAAGCACAUUAAGGCCACAUCCACAUCAAGGUUACGUCCCACUAAUCCAUUUUAGUUUGAAAAGUAUGUUUCCAAAAUGUAAGGUCAUAAAAAGUCUUAAAUAUUUAAAAUUAUACAACAAAAGUAUUAAUUCUUAUUUAAAGAGGGCUUAAUCUGGGGGUGGGGGUGGAAGGACAGGAAUUAUGAUAUGACCUAAUGUGAUUAUCAAACUUCCAAAGAAUAGGCCUACGAUUUAAUUAAAUAAAUGAAUGCACUGCGUCCUUCAAAGUGAAAACGUGACAUAAUUGUAUUUUCACCAAGCACGCAGGGGCUUGUGAGUGAUUAUAUUGUAACGUUUUAGAUUAUUGUAGGAGUGCACAUUUUAUAUCCCUUAUCUGUUUGAAUGAGCACCUGGAAGCAGUGAAGGGCAAACAUUUAAAAAUAAGCAAAGUUAAAGUGAAUUUCAAUUUAAAAGUUGCACGUUAUGAAUAUAAUAUAGUACAUUUGGUAUCAACAUUUUUCUCGACUCAUCCGCCAUCUUGGAUUAUUUCUUAAUUGAGCUGCAUAAUUUAUUCUGGGAUUGUGGUCUGUGUGAAAGAUACUGCCGUGCUGCCUUAGAACUCGGCCAAAAGAGGAUAUCUUUGGCCAAAAGAAGGUAUCUGCUAUUUGGGAAAACCUUCAAGUUUGGAGCAUGCCUAAGAUGCUGUUUUGGUAAGCUGUUCAGUAGGUAGAUUUCGGAACAGGGCUUGUGUCUUGUGGUUUGAAUCAUUUAUAAUCAAACCGAGUGAUUAAGAUUGACAAAUAUUUAUUCAGCAUUGAAACUAGCAAUGCCUGGGCAUGCCUUUGUUAAAAUAAUGACAGCUUCUCCUAGCAAAGUCCUUCGUGAAAAUUGCACGUACUCAUUCAUGCCAAAUAUCUUUAUUAAUGUUCACUAAGACCCUUUUUUUUUUUUUUUUUUUUUUUGUAUCUGCUGAUGUGUCUUUUAAUAAUACUCCCAAACCACUAACGGGUCAUGAUUAAGCUACCCAGCAUGAUUACACUGUCCUAAUGGAUUCCUUGCCAAAUAAGACCCUUUUGUUUUCAAAGGUAAAAGUGCAGAUUCAGGAUGCUGACAUUCUUGCCUAUAACAGGAUUUACUCUGUGCCAACUUGUCAUCUUAUAUAUAUAUAUAUUUUUUUUUUAUUGUAGACUUGAAGACCAAACAAACUGUUGGAUAAUUUAGUCCACAUGUAUUAUCAAUUUUAUCUAAUGUUAUUAGACCAAACUUUGCCUCAUGUUAUGGAUUUUGGAUGCCAGGAUUUUGCAUGUUCCAAGACAGAUUUGCUAAUGUUCGCUGUUAUAUUUGUCACUUACCAUGAGAUCACAAGUAAUGCAUCACACAAGUCGUCUAUCGGUACUUACAUUAGUUGAAUGAAAUGUGUUGUAAUGUCCAUAGUGAUGUCUCCUUGGCUUGAACACAUGCAAUAUGGAUAUGUCUGUGUGCAUUAUGUGUUUCAGUUUCAUAGUGUCUUUGUGAGCUUGAAAGAUUAGCAUAUCUGCUUUAGUUUUUUCAAUCUUUAUCAGAGUUAUUUUAUGCAAUGUGUUUCUGUGCAGUGUAUCCACAAGCCUGUGUGAGUGUGUCUGUUCACUGUACAUCUGUCUCUAAAUGAUGAUUUGUACUGUAGAAUGAUUGUAUAGAAAAACUAUUUUAAAAUGU